GCCGGUUGUAUAAAAGGUUAUCUCAACCGCCAGUUCACCAACCGUAGGUUGAAUUUCAAGCGGCGGUUAAGUUGUAAUGGGUUGUAUAAAAGUUUAUUUGCUAUUCGUUGUGUAACCGGUUGUCGAAAUAAAUUUUUGAAUGUUGGUACCAGUGUGGCGGGUAGCUACAACCAAUGGGAAGUAACCGUUUCUUAAACUUUCGUAGCCUCAGUAAAUUGUCGUUAAGAUUUGAUUGUGACAUUUUACUGUAUACGUUAUUUUAUUUCCUUUAUACGCCUUCGAACUUUUUACCUAUCUGUGCACUAAUGGCACAUUCGUCGGAUGAGGGUAGUUCUUUUGAUGGUGAAGAUCUUCUACAUACUAGCAGUAAUACUUCAGAUGAGAAUGAAGAGUUAAUAGUGGAAUUAAAUCGUCGAGUGAGACAUCCACGUACUUUUCGAAGCCGCCCUGAUAACUUUACGAAAUGGACAGAAGAGGAAUUUAGAAUGAGGUUUCGAUUAUGUAAAGCAACAACCUCUUUUUUGCUUACACUUAUCCAAGACCAAUUAGUACAUAGAAGUAACAGAAACCAUGCAGUUUCAGCAAUGAACCAGUUGUUGCUAACCCUUCGUCUUUAUGCCACAGGGAGCAUGUUAAUAGCUGUUGGUGAUUUCAUUGGUGUAGAUAAAUCAACUGCUAGCAGAAUAGUAAAAAAAGUUACAACAGCAAUUUGCACGUUAGCAGGAAUUUACAUCCAAAUGCCAAGAAUGGAAAAUGCAAUACGAAGAAAUCAAUUGGCAUUUUAUAAUAUAGCUCGAUUUCCUCGUGUUAUAGGGGCAAUUGAUUGUACUCACGUACGUAUACAAUCCCCAGGAGGAGAUAAUGCAGAAUACUUCAGAAACAGAAAGGGUUAUUUUUCAUUUAAUAUUCAAGUGGUUGGUGAUGCAUCACUACGCAUUUUAGAUGUUGUUGCAAGAUGGCCUGGAUCAACACAUGAUCAAACUGUCUUUAAUAACUCGAGAAUCCAUGCACGCCUAGAAACUAAUGAAUUCGGCAACAGCAUUAUAUUAGGUGAUUCAGGAUAUGCGAUAAAACAGUAUUUAAUUACACCCUUACUGAAUCCACAUACAGAAGGGGAACAAUUAUUUAACGAAGCCCAAAUACGAUCUAGAAAUCCAAUUGAACGUUUAUUUGGUGUAUGGAAGCGUCGAUUCCCUAUUUUAAGCUUGGGCAUUCGAUUAUCUUUAGAAACAACACAAAGUGUUAUAAUAGCAUGUGCUGUAUUGCAUAACAUAGCACAAGAAAGGAAUGAAGACGGACCAUUAGUAGACCCUGAUGUUAUACUUCCUAAUAACGAUGAUGAAAUUGACGAUGUAGUAAAUGUACCAGAAGCAGGGAAUAUCAACAAUAACUUUAGACAAACUUUCAUAGAUUAUUUUUCUUCAUUACCGUAAUGUGGUUUAUGAUUUUGACUGUUUGACAUUAUAAAUAAUAAAGAAACUCACUCU